AUGGCAGAUCCACAGCCGUUUGAAGAUGCCCCUGAAGAUGGCAGAUGGAAUGGCGUCGAAAGCGCAACAGACGACCCGGAGGAGCUCAGAGUCAUAUUCUGUGCCAUGGACUCGUUCCUGCAGUACGGCAAAGCCGCCCACUUCAACUGCACCCACCUGCGCCGGCAGUCCUUCUACGCCCUGCCCCAAGCGCACUGGAAGAUGCUCGCGGACCCGCCCUUCUCCUACCUGGACACGCUGGACAAGGUCGACGAGGCCAUCGACUCCAACGCCGACCUCGCCCGGGCCAUCGUCAAGUUCGGCCUGCCCGACUUCGUGGGCCCGCGUCCGCCGGGCCGGGAGCUCUCCAUGCCGGACGAGUGGGUCGGCGCCGCCAAGCAGAACGACAUCGACAAGGCGCGCAGCACCGUCCGCCAGUUCUACCGCGACUGGUCCGCCGAGGGCGCCCGCGAGCGCGAGGUCUGCUACGGGCCCGUCAUGCGGGCCCUCGAGGACGAGCGCCGCGCCCGCACCCUACUGUCCUCAUCCUCCCCUCCCUCCUCCCCUUCUCACAGCGGCGGCGGCGGCGGAGAAGAGAAACCGCGGCUGUCCGUGCUCGUCCCCGGCGCCGGCCUCGGCCGCCUCGUCUUCGACCUCUGCCGCGCGGGCUUCGACGUCGAGGGCAACGAGAUCUCGUACCACCAGCUGCUGGCCUCCUCGUACGUUCUUAAUGGGACCGCGCGCGCCGGCCAGCACACCGUCCACCCCUGGGUGCACACCUUCUCCAACCACGUCAGCCGCGCCAACCACCUGCGCGGCUACGCCGUGCCCGACGUGCACCCGGGCCGCGAGCUCGAGGCGCAGGUGGCGAGCGGGCAGGGCGUGGGCACGAUGGCCAUGUGCGCCGCCGACUUCCUCUGCCUGUACGGCGACGCCGCGCACGCGGCCGCCUACGACGCCGUCGCCAGCGUCUUCUUCCUCGACACGGCGCCCAACCUGGUCCGCUACCUGGCGACCGUCUACCACUGCCUCAGGCCGGGCGGCCUGCUCGUCAACGUCGGCCCCCUGCUCUGGCACUUUGAGAACAACGCGCCCGGCAACCACGGGCACGGGGACGACGGCGACGGCGAGCACGACCCGGGCAGCUCGUCGGGCAUCGCGGACCCGGGCAGCUUCGAGCUGUCGGACGACGAGGUGCGCGCUCUGGUCGCGCGCGUCGGGUUCGCCGUGGAGCGGUGGGAGACGGGGAUCGAGGCGCCGUACAUCCAGGACGCGGACUCGAUGCUGCAGACGACGUACCGGGCGAGCUCGUGGGUCGCGAGGAAGCCCGAGGCGGGACCCGCCGAGGCGCAGAUCGGCGACGAGUAUCAGUGA